GUUUCUUCCAGUCCCUUGGCGACAAACAUCUUGCGAUGGCGUCGCCCUACCAAGGAGAUGCCUACCGGGCGCCGGACACAUCUCCCCUGUGGCAGUCCGGGAGCAGUCGGGUGAUGUACGUCGCGCCCGAUGCCGGGCAUCCGGCUCCGGCGCCGCUCGUCUCGAGCGGCUCGCCGCCUUCGCUGCCGAUAAGGCAGGUGGGCUUUGCCGGCGAUGGCGCACAGCGGCAAGAGGACACCACCGACAGCGAGGACUCGGAGGAAGCCCCCGGCAACCCGUCGCUGGUGCGCCGGGUCUCCGCGCAGGUCAUGGGCUGGGGCGCCGCGGCUCGGGUCGGGAGCCGGACCCGGAACCUGCAGGAGCUGGAGGAGCGGGGCAUGAGCCGGGCGGAGGCCAACGCGCAGGUGGUGGCGGAGCAUCGCAACGAGGUCCUCUUUGCGACUUACUCCAAGUACAUUGUGUGCUUCGGCGUCUUCGCCAUGUUUUUGAGCGUGCUGAUCCUGGCGCUGGCGAGCUGGCACGUGGCCAUGUUCAUCCAGUACCACGACGUGCGCUGCCGCGGGUCUUUGAAGCUGCUCACGAAGAUUAUCAUCUCCAUCUCCCUCUUCGACAUUGUAAUGGGCACCCGGGUCUGCUGCGUAGAGCUGGACGACUUGCGGCUGCCGCGGCAGUGGAAGUGUAAGGACUGCUGCGUGCUGCUGCUGUUGGCGGUGAUGGUGGUGAACAUUUGGAUCAUCCUUUGGCUCUCCCAAGCCUCGCAGAACGGUGACAAGGCAGACCUCCGCCCCUACGAGGAGCUUCCCCCGUGCCAAGAGGCGGCGCCGGCGCUCUACACGGCCACGAUGGCUCAUGGUGUGGGCUUGAUCGUGUACACUUUGUAUCUCAUGGUCAGCUUCGUAGGGGUGGGCAGCAUGUUGGAGGCCUUGCUGGCACGGGGGCUGCUCACCUCCAGAGAGGCCGCGCCCAAAGGGUGCCUGGAGAGUAGCACUGUCUCACCGGACGCGGAGCAGUUGGAAGAGGACUACGAGUGUCCAAUUUGCUUGGAGGACGUGGAUGAGGAGACCGCCGUGAUGACCAAGGAGUGCCACCACAUCUUCCAUCGCACCUGCCUGAAGCACUGGUUGCAGGUGAACAGUACUUGCCCCUUGUGCCGACUCAGCUUAGCUAGGCAUUAACUUGCAGCUCGCUCUUUGAAGCGACUCCGCAUGCGACUCCGCACUCUUGAGGCAUAGGUUUGAAACCCGCCCGUGCCGUGUAGAUAUGUCUGGGUUUCCCGCUGCCAAUGUAACGAUCGAUGGC